GCCCGUAAUAGAAGAGAAUAGAACCACAUUUUGAGCAUUUUUUCAAUUUAUCGCCGUUCAGAACAGAAAGAUCUUAUCAUUGCACUUUAGUGAACAAGGGCAAACUCCUAUAACAUUGAGUACUGUAUAGAGCUUGGUAUAUUUUAAAUGAAAUGUGUAUUCCAAACGGUGACAAUGCCUUUAGAAGUCGAUGAAAACAUCGAGGCAAUCCAAAGGUAUACAUCGUUUCCCACUGUUAUUAGCUCUCAAUGCGGAAUAAAAUUACUGUGGGCCUCACAAUUCCUUUCCUGGAUAUGGUAACAUUAACUCAUGCUUUCUUGUCAGCAUUGGUAACUAACUUGUUUAUGAGAAACUCGCCAUAUUCAUUAAACUGUGCACAUAUUAGGAGUUGCUCUGAUAAUCUCCCUUUUACCAAUCUGUCGGUUUUGAUCGAUCAUCCACUGUUACCAAGGUCACAUGGACUGUCUCGCUUUAUUAAUCAGACAAAGUAAAAUUAAUAGAGCACAUUUAUCAUUAUUUGAGUAUAUCAAGUAUGUCAGAGAGCCAAUUGGGCCACAAUGGGAUAUUAUUUUGUAAAAGGUCUUGUUUGCCUGUUCUAAUGCUGGAAUUAAGAAAGCAGCAAAAUGCAAAGUAGUCCUGAGUUUUAAAAUAUUUUUGUUCCCUUAAAAGAACCUCAAAACUUUUUUUUCAUAUCAACA